AUGGCGCCGGGCGGCCUGGUGGCGGCCUGCCGCAGCCUGGCCCUGUCCACCUGGCUGCUGUCCUUCUGCUUCGUGCACCUCCUGUGCCUGGACUUCACCGUGGCCGAGCGGGAGGAGUGGUACACCGCCUUCGUGAACAUCACCUACGUGGACCCGGCCACGUCCGAGCUCCGCACCGACCGGACGGAGUGCGGCCGCUACGGGGAGCACUCCCCCAAGAGGGACGCCAAGGGGGCGGUGGUCCUGCCCGCGGCGCCGCACGACCGCCAGGCCUGCGACCCCAACACCCGCUUCACCAGCCCCCGGUUCCCCGGGCCCGCGCAGCCCGGGCAGCCCGCGGCCUGGAUCGCGCUCAUCGCCCGGGGGAACUGCACCUACAAGGACAAGAUCCGGAACGCGGCCGCGCACAACGCGUCCGCCGUGGUCAUCUUCAACGUGGGCUCCGCCAACCUCAACGACACCAUCACCAUGCCGCAUCCAGGAACCGGCGAGGUCGUCGCCAUCAUGAUCCCGGAGCCCAAAGGUCGCGAGGUGGCUCUGCUGCUGGAGCACAACGUGACGGUCACCAUGACCAUCUCCAUCGGGACCAGGAACCUGCAGAAGUACGUGAGCAGGACGUCGGUGGUGUUUGUCUCCAUCUCCUUCAUCGUGCUGAUGAUCAUCUCGCUCGCCUGGCUCGUCUUCUACUACAUCCAGAGGUUCAGAUACGCCAACGCCCGGGACAGGAACCAGCGGCGUCUCGGAGAUGCAGCUAAGAAGGCCAUCAGCAAGCUGCAGGUCCGCAGCAUCAGGAGAGGCGACGAGGAGACGGAGCCCGACUUCGACAACUGUGCCGUGUGCAUCGAGGGCUACAGGCCCAACGACGUGGUGCGGGUGCUGCCCUGCAGACAUCUGUUCCAUAAGAGCUGCGUGGACCCGUGGCUGCUGGACCACCGCACCUGUCCCAUGUGCAAGAUGAACAUCCUGAAGGCCCUGGGCAUCGCUCUCAACGCAGACUGUCUGGACGACCUCCCGCUGGACUACGACCUGGUCCUCGGCGGCGCCGGCGGCGCCGGGGGGGGCGGUGUGGGUGGAGCAGGCGGAGUCGGGGCCCUGGCUCUGGAGGCCGUGGUGUCCGGGGCGUCCAGUGACGGCACGCUGAGCGAGGGCGGCUCCUCCGUGGUGCUGGACCCGGGUGUGAGACGGGUCGGACUCCCACAGGACUACCAGGACCCCGACUCCCUGAGGGACAGCCCUGUGACGGCCACCACCGACACACACACAGGUGAGCAUCAGCCAAUGGCGAGCAGCGCCUCAGUGGCCUCCCUGGUCAUCGCGGUGGAGACCGGUCUCUCGGACGAGGAGGGGUCUAUGGAGCACUCUCAGCUGGGGAACAAAUCCUGAGCUCGACAGAACCAAACCAGAACCUGAUAAAACCUCCAAUCAGGUUCCGACUGUGGACCUCAGUCGACCAGACGGGACCUGACCCUGGUCCAGGACCUGGUUCUGGUUUGGAAGCUAAACCAAGAAGCAGCACGAUGGUUUGACUGGGUUUUGUUCCUCUUUGGACAAAACGUUGUUGAACUAAACUUGUUGGACUCGCGCCUCACCAGAACCUGGGUUCAGAACCUGGGUUCAGAACCUGGGUUCAGAACCUGGACUUGGUUUGAUUUGUUUUAUUUGUCUCCUCCUGGACUCUUGGAGUGGUUGGACUUACCGUAGGUGUAAUGGAACUCCACAUGGACCGGGUCAGACUGGGACAGAACUCAGUUUGGGGCCUGAGUCUCAGACCAACCCACCUUCACCUGGUUCACGCAGUUUGUAGAAGAAGCAAACGAGGAAUCGAACGAGACGAUUUGAACACUUUGUUCUGGAAGUGAAGGGUUUUUAAACGUGUGUCAAGUAGUCGGUGCUGAGACGUCACAUGAUGGAGAUCUGUGGACCCUGGAUCCUCCUGGUUUGUCUGAUCCACCACCAUCCGGGACACGGGGACACGUCUCAUCGGUUUCACUCGAACGUUGAGGACGUGUUGAUCGUCACCACGGUGCAUCCGGCUGAAGAUACUUAUUAACAGUUUUAAUGUGAUGAGUCUUUGUCAAAGUCUACGACGAUAAAAACGUUAUUUUGUUACUUUGUGCGCGUCUUCUACGAAUAAGUGUGUUUUCAUUACAUUUAAAGUUCUGCUCAAAUUGAAUCAUUCGGCCUCAGAUAACAAACGUGUCAGAAUCCAGCGACUGAUCGUUUGUGUAUUUGUGUAAACGUCGUGUCACCUGUGGUGAUGAUGUUCAGGAAGUGUCGCGUUCGAUCCCCGUCCACAGUGUUGCUUGGUCCUGUUUCCAUGUCCAUCGAUCCGUGCGUCCUCUGGACCACACGUGUCCGUCACCGCGGCAGAACGCUGCCUUCUCAAAAACGAUUCACCCUCAACCCGACAAUCAAUCACGGAUCCACUCUCUGUUCGCUGGAAUUCAAAUCUCCUGAGGUUACACCCCCCCCCCCCCCGCGGUGAAUUCACGUUCCCUGGUUCCAGAGUCGAACCCCGAUGCAGAGCUGUCGACAGGAGAAAGUUCGUCAGCUCAAAGCCAAACAUGUAAAUAUUAAAUGUAUAUUCCACAAGUUCACUCUGCCACACGGGGGCGCUGCUGGUUCUGUGUGGAGCUGUGGUUGUUCGCGAUGUGAGCUUCCCGAGACUAAGAUAAAGAUUGUCGUCUAUUUUGAUACCAGACGUUUAUUUUUGUAACAAACUGAUUCGCUCCCGUCGGACGACUCGAUGUGAUUGAGAGUCGAUCGGCACAUUUCCUUGUUUAUUUAUGUAGCUGUACAUUUACCCACAAUGCAAUGGACCAUACGAAUCUAAACUCUAAGUUUGUCCGUUAGCAUCUGAGCGUCUACGAUGAAAACGGAUCGUGGUGGUGAACUGAACAACCACUGAUUUAAUCACCUUUUUGAAGUUGGUUCCACAAAUUGAAAUGAAAGAAAACGUGACAGAAAAAAUAAGAAUAACAGUUUGAAGCAAGUUAUUAAAAAAUAUUAGUUUCAAAAGAAAGAAACCAUAAAUAAGAUUUACAGCAAGUUGUUGCUCUUACCAUUUAACUGUGUGUUUAUGUAUCUGACACAAAUCAAAUUGGUUUAAUCGUUAAUCUUCAGUUUUAGUUCCGACACUAAAACAAAUCUAAAUAUUUGAUGUUUCCAGUUCAACCACGAGUUCGAUUCCUGCGACCGACUCUUCAAGGUUCUUCUUCUUCUCUUCUUCACGUUUGCUGUUUCACGACUUGUUCUACGAACUCCAGCGGCUUCGAGCUGCGAUGACACGUUAGAUCAUUUCCUGUAAAAUAAACCAAGAUGCUGGUUUUGUUUUCUUGGCCGAGUUUUAGUGUAAAUUGUUUGAAUUAAAAUCCUUUUGUGUUGUAAACGUUAUUUUCGUUGAAUUUAGUCGAGUAUCAUGUUGUUCACUUUAUUUCUUUGUGAUCUCAGUCGAGCUGAAGUCGAUUCUUCUUUAAAUCUGUCGGUUCUGUUGGAAGCGACUGAAGCUGCAGCGACGUCCUGGUCCCGUUUGUGCUCGAGAUCAAACUUCCCCCCCAAAUUUAUAUGGGGUUCACGCUUGGAAGUGAAGGCUGAGCGGUAUUCGGUUAGUUGCAAUCUGCAGCAGCACCACUAGAUGUCACUAAAUCCUGCACACAGCAUGUAAUUAAAAUGGUGACUGGUUACCGUUAGUUUUCAGAGUCAUAAUUAUCCUGAUGACACGAUAUGAACGAUUGAAUAUGUAAUUUAGUUAAACUGUUGUAUUAUGAGACAGUAAUCUGAAAUCAAACCAGUUCUGCGACGGGAAUAUUUGCAAAAUAAGAACAGAUGUGAUUAUGUGAUCUAGAGAUCUCGUAAUAAUUUGUCCUGAUUGCGAUACGUUAGUUAAUAGUUAAUGUAAGUUUGAGUUAUAGAUCUUAUAAUCAUCAGAUAUUAACGGUUUUAUUUUCAAGUCAACUUUUUAUUAGUUACAUUUUUGAACAUCAGCUUCUUCAACGUUAACGUGAAACUGACGAAGUGUUUUGAAACCGGGACCUCGCGUCGCUGUCAGUCAUGACGUCUGACUCCUCCCUGCUCCUUAUCUCUGCUUGCCAAUUGGCUGCUUCCCCCGAAUGCUGUGUUUUGAUUGGUUGCUCGGCCUCUUUAGUUGAAGCACUUUAAUCCUGUUUCUCUGGAAGGUUCUUAAAGUCUCUUCUCUUUUCUACUCCCCCCGUCCUCCUCUCUUCAUUCUUCUCAUCUUCGCUGAUUUGGUUUCACACGUGAUGUUUAUUUUUUUCUUGUGUUGUAUCUUUGUAACUUGUAAUACCUCCCCCCCCCCCACACACACACACACUAUAUUUUUCAUCUGACGACAGAAGCAUUAUCAGUUUGAAUAUUUCAGUUUGAAUGAAGGGAAAUCCGAGGAUCGGAUCCAGGGAGACGAUCGGCUGCGUUUCUACGAUACACAUUGUUUUCAAAAUGUCAGUUUGUGCGAUUGUCCUGUGCACGCAAACUAAAACUACACACACCUACGUACACGCGUGUAAAUACGCCAUGUUGUUUCUGUGUUUCAGUUGAUGCACGUGUUCUGAUUCAGUAAAGAAUUUAAAUAAAGUUUUAUUGCAAGGUUUUGUUUUUAUUCCAGUCUGGUGUUUUGUUUCAUUUGAAAAUAAAAACAGUGAAUUCUCAA